UGUUUUCAUCACCUAGAUCACACGACACACGGCCAAUAUAGCACGAAUAUAGCAGAACGAAGCCGUGAGCAUAUACUUCAAGCACUGUCAGGUCAAAACUCGAGUGCCUCCUCUCGACGUCGUCUUUUGACUAUUCAGGACAUCCGUGGAGUAUCCUUGUACAUUCAGUUUAAGUUUUCCUCUCCGACCGACUACAUCCAUCAUGGCAUCGGCAAGAUCGUCCAUCUACCAAGAUUUGUCUGAGAUUUAUGAUAACGUUAUAAAUAAGGAGCAUCCAAGAAAACUUAUUCCCGAACUGUGCAAGCAGUUUUACAAUCUCGGAUGGGUCACCGGCACUGGUGGAGGCAUUAGCAUUAAACUCGAUGAUGAAAUUUAUAUUGCUCCUUCUGCUGUUCAAAAGGAGAGAAUUCAGCCGGACGAUUUGUUCAUUCAGAAUAUCGAUGGAGAUGAUCUGCAGAGUCCUCCAGAUUAUAAAAAGUUGUCCAAAAGCCAGUGCACUCCGUUGUUCAUGCUAGCUUAUCGCGAGAAGAACGCCGGAGCGGUUAUCCACACCCAUUCCCCUUCUGCGGUCAUAGCAACGUUACUGUGGCCUGGUAGGGAAUUUCGAUGCACACACUUGGAGAUGAUUAAGGGCAUCUAUGAUCAUGAGAUGGAGCGCAACCUGCAGUUCGACGAAGAACUAGUUGUGCCAAUCAUCGAAAAUACAAAUAACGAAAGUGAUCUUGAGGAUAGAAUGGCAAACGCAAUGAAGGAGUACCCUGGUACAUCCGCGAUUCUCGUCAGAAGACACGGUGUUUAUGUUUGGGGAAGCAGCUGGCAGAAAGCGAAGGCUAUGACGGAAUGCUACGACUAUCUAUUUUCCUUAGCCGUCGAGAUGAAGAAACUUGGCCUCGACCCAAAUGAUGUCCCCAAAUAUUACAGAAACAAUCAUUAAGGACCAACUCUAAUAGACCGAUAACGAAACAGUCAACGAAACUAUUUGAAACUGAAAUUAAAACAUACUUGAACUUUAUGGAAUUGGUUCUGAAACACCCUUUGCAUGUAUUCAUUUUGUUUCCAGAAGAUUUUAUAAAAACCCAAAUAUAUUCCGAUAAAAUAAUUUAAAA